AUGGCGGCGCCGGGCCGGCUCGCCGCCGCCGGCGGGCCCGGCAGGAAGCAGGGGAAGGCAGGGCUGCAGAUGAAGAGCCCCGAGAAGAAGCGGCGGAAAUCCAACACGCAGGGCCCGGCCUACUCGCACCUGUCGGAGUUCGCCCCGCCGCCCACGCCCAUGGUGGAUCACCUGGUGGCCUCCAACCCCUUCGAGGACGACUUCGGCCCCCCCAAGGUGGGCGCGGCGGCGGCGGCGGCGGCCCCGUUCCUGGGCAGCCCCGUGCCCUUCGGCAGCUUCCGCGUGCAGGGGGGGAUGGCGCCGCAGGUGCCCCCCGGUUACGGCGGGGGGCCGCAGCCCCUGCGGAGGCAGCCGCCGCCGCCCUUCGCCCCCGGCCAGAUGGGCCCGGCCUUCGGCAUGCCCCCCCAGAACCCCGGCUACGUGCAGCCCGGGGCCAUGAGCUUCCCCGGGCAGCCCUUCGGGCAGCCCCUCGGACAGAACUUCAGCCCCCCCACGGGGCAGCUCAUGCAGGGGCCCGUCGGGGGCUUCGGGCCCAUGAUCUCGCCCACCAUGGGGCAGCCCCCCCGGGGGGACAUGGGCCCCGGGCCGGCCCUCAACCCCCCCGGCGGGCCGGCCAUGGCUCAGCGCUUCAGCCAGCCCGGCAACCUCUUCGGACAGUCCCCCAUGCAGCGCCCCGGGCAGAACAUGCCCCCCCUGCCCCCCAACGCCAGCCCUUUCCCCGGGGCGGACCCCGGCUUCCCCGCCGGCGGCGAGGAGGGGGGUAAGAACCUGAACCCCCCUCCCAGCACCUUCCCCCAGGAGCAGCACUCGGGCUCCCCGGCUGCCGUUAACGGGGCGCAGCCCAGCUUCGCCCCCCCAAGCGCCGGCCGCGGCGGCGGCACCCCCGAGACCAACAGCCUCCCGCCCCCCGGCAAGGCGGCCGGCGGCUCGGGGCACCAGCCGCCCCCGGGGUUGGUGUACCCGUGCGGGGCCUGCCGCAACGAGGUGAACGACGACCAGGACGCCAUCCUGUGUGAGGCCUCCUGCCAGAAGUGGUUCCACCGCGAGUGCACGGGCAUGACGGAGAACGCCUACGGGCUGCUCACCACCGAGGCCUCGGCCGUCUGGGCCUGCGACUUCUGCCUGAAGACGAAGGAGAUCCAGUCGGUGUAUGUCCGCGAGGGCAUGGGACAGCUGGUGGCCGCCAACGACGGCUGA